AUGUUUUUUCGUUUUUUUUUAGAAAAAGAAGUAUAUACAUGUUUAAAUUCAUUACUUAUAUCUGAUAUACCACCAUCAACAUCAUUAACAUUAACAAUUGAACAAUAUUAUCAAUCAUUAAAAACUUAUGCUCAUAUAACAUCAUUUGAUAGUUUAGAAUAUCAAAUAAAAAUCAUUCUUGGUGAACUAGUUCCAGCACAUGAUAUACAUAUAUCAAUCCAAAAUACACGUCCAUUACCUCAAUCUUAUGAUCAUUUAGGUCCUAUUAAUAAUACUAUUACAUUAUCAUCAAAUAAUUCUUUUUGUUCAUCAUCAUCAUCAUCAACAACAAAUAAUAAUACUAAUACUGUUCUUGGUUUAUAUAUAAAACAAAGUUCAAAAUUAUUUCGACAAGAUUUUAUUGAACAUGAAGGUGUAGAAUUUUUAUUUAAAUUAUUACAAUCAUUAAAUUAUUUUAUACACGAUGAUUAUGAAUACUCAUUAUGUCAAGAAAUAACAAUAUUAAUAUUACAAUUAAUACAAUUAGUAUUAUGUGAAAAUAAUCAACAAGAGAAAAUUAUAUUAUCAAGACCAAAUUCACCAAUAACUACAACAGCUAAUGAUAAUGCACUUGAUACAAUUGAUUUUGAUUUUUAA